CGCUGCCAACACUGCGCCUUUAUUGCAGUUUUAUUUGGCAAACGAACGCGACGCGAGGUCUGCAAAAUGUUUAAAGCGCGAGAAACGGCCAACCAGUGAUUGCACCUCGAUUGAUCCGUUCGAUCCGAUCUGAUCUCGCAAUCGGGCAGCGCAAAACCGCAGGGCAACCGCAGCAAAUGCCAUCGUGAAUAGAAACGCCCAUCCACACAGGCACACGAACGGGGAUUUGGAUUUCAGUUUGGACUCGGAGUCACCACACACGCACACACCCGCGCGGACCCUUGGAGCACCACCCGCACAAACACACACACACACACACAGACACACACGCCGCACACCCCACCAGCCACACGCACACCCGCAACGAUGUCACACCUACCUUUGCCGCUUUAUGGCUUCGCGGCAUUCUUUAUGGUUUUCUGGCUGGGCACCUGGAUGGUGCAUGUGAUAGCCAUUUGCUACGGCCGCUACAAGUUGCACAAGAAGUCCUGCAAGCUGCCCACAGAGGCACAACCCCUGCCAGGUGUCUCCAUUCUCAAGCCGCUCAUGGGCGUGGAUCCAAAUCUGCAGCACAACCUGGAGACCUUCUUCACCAUGGACUAUCCGCUGUACGAGCUGCUCUUCUGCGUCGAGGACAAGGAGGACCCGGCCAUACAGCUGGUCGAGCGACUGCUGGCCAAGUACCCGCUGGUGGACGCCACCCUCUUUGUAGGUGGCUCCGACGUGGGCGUCAACCCCAAGAUAAAUAACAUCCAUCCAGGUUAUAUGGCCGCUAAGUACGACUUUGUGAUGAUCUCAGACAGCGGCAUCAAGAUGAAGGACGACACGCUGCUGGACAUGGUGCAGAACAUGUCCGACAAGCACGCCCUGGUCCACCAGAUGCCCUUCACCAGCGACCGGGACGGAUUUGCUGCCACCUUCGAGAAGGUCUUCUUCGGCACGGUGCAGAGCAGAAUCUAUCUAUCGGCGGAUGUGCUGGGCAUCAACUGCCACACAGGCAUGUCUUGUCUGCUGCGCAAGGCGGUCAUCGACCAGCUGGGCGUGCGAGCCUUUGGCUGCUACUUGGCCGAGGAUUUCUUCAUCGCGCGCAGUGUAACGCGAUUGGGCUGGAAGAUGCGCAUCUCCAACCAGCCAGCGCUGCAGAACAGUGGUCUCUGUGACAUCGGAAGCUUCCAGGCGCGGCUCAUUCGAUGGGCCAAGCUGCGCGUGGCCAUGGUGCCCACCACCAUACUGCUGGAGCCGCUCUCCGAGUGCAUGAUCCUCGGCGCCAUUGCCGCCUGGUCCGCAUCCGUGCUGUUCAGUUGGGAUCCGCUGGUGUUCUACCUGGUGCACGUGCUGUGUUGGUUCCUGUCCGACUGGCUGCUGCUCUCCAUUGUCCAGCACGGCUCGAUGCCGUUCCACAAGUUCGAGUUCGUCGUCGGCUGGCUGUUCAGAGAGCUGACCGGACCCUAUCUGUUCCUGCACGCCCUCUGGAAUCCGGCCAUCCGUUGGCGCGCCCGCACCUACAAGCUUCACUGGGGCGGAGUGGCCUACGAACUGAACAGCCCCGCCACCGAUGCUGCCAACGACCCGCUGACGCCACAGCCACAGCCCGCACCCACGUUAGAGCCUGCGGUAGCCAACGCGGGAACAACGGUGGACACGCUGAUCUGCACGGGCGCCAAGCAGCGACUGCUGGUGUCGUAGCACCUAAUAGUUAAGUUUGUUAUUUUGUACUUGUGAGCGAACCAACUCAGCGGACUGCAAGCGACUGGCGGGCGGCGUCUAGCGUCUGGUAGUAGUAUUAUUAGCUGAACCUUAGUCACUACGUAAGUCUAGACUUAAAGCUGUAAAAAUGGCGAAUGCGGAGCGGCAUCCACGCACUCCACCAGGACGUGAAGCACGGCAGGCGGAGCUAGAUUAGUUUAGAGACACAGUUUAGACGACGAGCGUAUCGCUGCGAUUGCUCGCCAAAGAUUUAGAUGUAGGCGUUCGAGCAGAUCGACCCGGGCGCAUUUUGGUGGCUUCAUGGAAACUGGUUAAUGAUGCUUUGUGUAUAUAUAUAUAUAGCGUACAUAUUUGGUAGCCAGCCUGUACAGACGUUAGCCCUAGUUAGCAAUAUGAUUUCGUUAGUUCUCCCCGCUUCUGUUGUUGCUUUAUUGAGUUGUAAUUAUUUAUUUUGGCCAAGCACACUAGGUAUACUGUUAUCGCUAAGCCUAUACUUAUGAUUACUUUUGGUUAAGUUGUUUGUGUUGUUUUCUGUUUGUCCCAGCUGCUGUACAUAAGCGCCAAAAGGGAAUGCCAUUGAAUAAAUCAAGUCGAAUCGAAUCGAAACGAUCGUGAGAAUGAAAACCCA